AUGUGCUGCUCUCUGGCGCUCUUCCUACUAUUGCUCAUCCUAGCCCCCCAAGUUCAUCCGGCUCCGCUCACUGCCAAUUUCGAUGAUACUGUGCAAUACCUGCACCGAUAUGGAUAUCUUAGCACGGCGACGCCAAGUCUGCACGAAUUUCGAACUGCUCUAACGCUAUUUCAAGAAGUGAUGGGCGUUGAGCCAUCAGGUGAACUGGAUGCAGCAACUGUAGCCGCUACACGUCUUCCACGAUGCGCACACCGGGACACCUUCAAGCAGUCAGGAAGAUCCAGACGAUUUGCACUCUCGGGCACUCCAAAAUGGGACAAGAAGCACUUUACUGGUUUGCACGAAUUGUCUCUGAAGUGGUUCGUUUCCGACUACACAAACGACCUACCGAAAGCAGUAAUCCGCUCGACGAUUCAAAAAGCUUUCCAAAUCUGGGAAAAGCAAUCAAACGACCGAAACUUGCCCAAGGUUACAUUCCACUUCGAAGAGGCUGCAUCAAAAGAAGAGGCUGACAUAAAUAUUUUGUGGGCUGAAGGAGAGCACGGGGAUCAGAAUGAGUUUGACGGAAUCAAGAGAGAAAAGAAUAUCCUGGCGCACACAUUUUUCCCUGGACAUGCCGAGCCGCUCAACGGAGAUAUUCAUUUUGAUGAUGCGGAGAACUGGGUGGAUGACCCGAAGGCAGCGGACGGCUACGAGCGACCAUUCUUUCCGUAUGUGCUCGUACAUGAGAUUGGACAUGCCCUCGGACUUCAGCAUGCGAAAAAAUUAGAAGCCAUUAUGUCGCCUGUUUAUAAGAGCAUACCACUUGAUGAGAUCAAGCUUGAUUUGGACGACAAAUGCGCCGUCAACUGGAACUACGUGGGAUCGUCGAAAUUCUGCCUAUUCGUCUGGUUAAUGAACGAAAUCGUCCCAAUGAAUGCUUCCGAUCAAUUGGCGUCCAGCACUCAUAUGAACGUCAGUCCGAAGCAACGCACUAAGGCGGCGAAAAAAAUCUUCAAACAAACGAGAAUUCCAAGAUGUCAAGCUUCAAAUGAUCUACAACUGGUGAUAGAAGAGAGACUUCGGAAAUUUUUGCAUUUUCCGCAUUCCGAAUCAGAAACUUAUAGUGAAGUUCUAUGUAAUUUCCUUCUGGGUUUGCAUGCGUAUAGAGGUUCCCCCGAUUACAGUACCAGUGAUUCUAUUGAGAAAGAGUUUACUGGAGUCAUGAAAGAGGUUUCUGAGUUUGGACCUGCCUCGUCCUCCUCCGUUCGGCGAAUGGCGCGGAGAGCAUGGCGACGGUUGGAGCAUGGGAAACCUUCUGUUCUUGAUCCGUCGUACUUCGAUAAACGCUUCUUCGACGAGUUCCUGCCGACGUAUCUGCGUCUGCAGUAGAGUGCGGCGCGAGUCGCGCACGCUCUCCGUACGUUGUCCAUACGCAUACUCGUUCGGGUCUCUUAGCCGCGGGUUUCCCCUGCGCGAUGCCGCCCAGUGGUUUAGUGUCCAGAUAGUGAUCCAGGUAGCCAUUAUAUCCGCAUUCUCCGCUUUGAGUUUUCUGUCGCUUUCUGCCCCUUGUUAGCCCCCGUCCCCGUACUGUAUUAUACACUCACACCUACCCACACCAUCACCGCCACGCCACCUACACCACGUACGUUGUUCGGCAUAGGGCUGCUGGUCAGGCCGGAUCGCCCCUAGGGGCGCGAUGGCGAACACUACUCACCCACCAUUUCUCUCGCUCACUCUUUCCCACUCUCUGCUUAGGCUGGUUAGCUCUUCUUCACUCCAGUUAGCUUCUUAGUCGAAUCGUGCUAUCCCCGCUCCUCUACAGGUUGUUCGAUGUGCAAUCAUAGUGCUGUCGUGUGCAAUCGCGAACCACUGAGACGUGAUUCUUGUCUGUAUUUAUACUUUGUGUCGCGCGAGCCAACGUGGCUCGCAUUCUUAACUUAUUGUAUCG